CGUCAGACGCUUUCCGUCUAGUUAUGAGAUGCGCAGGAGGAAUAACCCGUCGCUGGAGGAGCAGGACGCCGCCGUUACGAACACACUGGUGGACGGAAACACGAACCCCAAGCACAAGGGAGACGAAAACCCCGAGACCUGCACAUCCAGUAAAGACAUGGGCCGCAAAUUCAGACGGAACAGUUUGAAGUGGAGGUUGAGGAGGAUCUUCUUCUGGGUUUUGGGAAUCUACAUUGCUAUUCCAGUUAUCAUUAAGCUCUGUCCUUCCAUCCAGGCCAAGCUAGUUUUUCUAAACUUCGUGAGGGUGCCGUACUUCAUCGAUCUGAAGAGGCCUCAGGAUCAGGGUCUAAACCACACACACAACUUCUACCUCCAGCCGGACGAGGGUGUUCAUAUCGGAGUCUGGCACACGGUCCCGGCCGCGCUGUGGAAGGAGGCGCAGAGUAAAGGAGGAGACUGGUACGAGAGCUCCCUCCAGUCCACACACCCUGUCAUGCUCUAUCUGCACGGAAAUGCAGGGACCAGGGGAGGAGACCACAGAGUACAACUCUAUAAGGUUCUUAGCUCAUUAGGCUACCAUGUAGUCACGUUCGAUUAUAGAGGUUGGGGAGAUUCGGAGGGCAGCCCCUCAGAGAAGGGAAUGACGCAGGACGCUCUGUUCCUCUAUCAGUGGCUGAAGCAGAGGAUCGGCAGCAAGCCGCUCUACAUCUGGGGUCACUCGCUGGGCACAGGAGUGGCCACCAACCUAGUGAGACGUCUGUGUGACAGAGGGACACCGCCUGAUGCUGUGAUCCUGGAGUCUCCGUUCACCAACAUCAGAGAGGAAGCCAAGAGCCAUCCCUUCUCCAUGGUUUACAGAUAUCUGCCAGGCUUCGACUGGUUCUUUUUGGACUCCAUCACCGCCAACGACAUCCGGUUUCCCAGCGAUGAGAAUGUGAAUCACCUGUCCUGUCCAGUCCUGAUUCUCCACGCUGAGGACGAUCCUGUCGUCCCCUUCAGUCUGGGCAAAAAGCUGUAUAAUAUAGCAGCUCAAUCCAAGAGUCUGAAUGGACACAAAGUGCAGUUUAUUCCCUUCCCCAGCACUCAGGGCUACAGACACAAGUUCAUCUACCGCAGUCCUCAGCUACCGCACAUACUCAGCGAUUUCCUCAGUUCGCCUCACCCGCGCGUAUAGCCGUGAAGAACCACUCCGCCGGACCGCCGUCUGUCACCCACAAGGGAACACCCACAAACACACCCCCUGUCCUGUCUCCUGAUGUCACCCACUGUUUACCUGUUCACCAUUCCAUCAUCCACAAAGCAAGUCAGAGCAGUGAAGUGCAGCCUGAGCACAAGAUGUACAGAAACACGUAAACACGCAAUCGUGCACUGAAGUCGUGAUCACGGGAAGAACUGACGCCGCACACGCGUGAUAUUUAUUCACAAUCCGUACCGGAUCGUACGGUACCGGGAUAACCUGAAGGAGUAGAGUUUAAUGGACUGAUUACAUGUUUUUAGGGUUUCAUUAAAAUUAAAAGUUAUUUUAAUGUUU